UCUUGUAUAUGGGAUUUGCUAGACAACUAAUGUGCGCCAGCAUGCAUGUGUAUAUAUCAUCCCAUGAUCCCAUUUAUCAUCACUUCUUGUUAAAGAUCAUAUCCAUCAUCACGAACGUAUCAAUGAUGGCUAACCACUGUUAACGUAUUACAUGGUAUGAAUAAGUAUCCAAAUUUUCCAUACAUUUCAGAUAUAAGUAGUCCAACUUUUGGUUGAGAAUUCCCCAUUUUAUAAAGGAAAAAGUCAAAAGAUAGAGGCAGAUAGAUAGAUAGAUAAACCUCUUCAUCCCGAAAUAUAAAAUUACGUCUUUUUCGCUGUACGAUAACUAUUGUUAAUGUCAACUUAAAGCGUAAAAGAUUACGCAAUAUUUCUAAGGCUCUGACGUCGACCAAAAAGGAUAUCAACUAUUACGUUAAAAACCCCACAUGAUGGUCAGAAAUUUUCCUUUUAAAAAGUGAGAAAACCCCAAAAUCCUUUUUUGGCCAAACAAUCUGACGUUGACAUGUUUUGAAACGGACGGUGCCUGUAAGUCAACGCCCCAUGCAACACAUGUUCGCCUCGCUUCUGUGCUAACUGUGGAAUCCACGAUUUGUCUGAAAUUGUCAACUCAUACAUCCACUAAGACGAUGCCAUAUGGUAAGCAUCAGCUGCUGUUUGGACAUCCGUAACAGGUUCUGUGUUUUCGAUCUUUGAUUUUAUUGCUACAUUAAUUCAUUAAUAUCUUGUAUUUAAUCGAGGUUUAUCUUCUCAAAGUGAUAAGUCAAAAUGAAAAUUAGAUACUGUAUGGAACCAUUAAGAUACAAGCGUCAUUUUCAUAUUUUGGUUAAAAAAUUACGCUGUGUAUUAAUGGAUAAGCAUACAUUCAAUCAAAACAUACAUGCGAACUAAGUUUGUUUUUUUUUUGGCUAAAAUCAUGCGAAAUAAUUUGUAGUACAAGUAGAUAGAUUGGCAUCAAAAUAUUCCAAGGACAUGCCUUUUUAGGCCUCUAUACAUACCAAUCUUUGAUCAAAAUGUUUUCAAGUUUGUUGUGCCCUAAAACAUCAGAGCCCUAAUAUACCUUUUAAAGUUGACAUUUCAAAAUGAGAUUGUAGAGUUUUUUACGUACAUAGAUUAUAAUAUUCGGGGUGUGUAGCACUACCUUAUUUUAAAGUAGUGUGAAAGCUAAUAAAACAUUUUGCGUUUAUAAAAGGAGAGGGUGACGAGAGGUAUAGUUGAAUAGAGGGCAGAGAGAGAGAGAGAGAUACAAAUAUAAGAAGGAAAAUUUAGAGAGGAUGGGUUAUAGUACCGCAAUUCGGCUAUGUUUAUGCAUCUUCUUUGCACUUUCGAUUGUCUCUUCGGCUCGACUCAGUUUAUCAUUUCCAGAAAAUGAAAAGAUGGUGGUGAGAGGUAGAUCAUUGAUGAUGGUGCACACCAAUGACUACGAUGAGCCAUCGGCCAACGGUAGACACAACCCACCUGGUGGGAGGCGUGGAGGAGGUAGGAGAGGGGGAAGAUAAACAUAACAAAAUGUUUUCUUACUAUGAAGAGAAAAAUAACAAGAUUAUAUAUGUUUUAGAGAUAUAUAUAUAUUUACAUAAUUAUAUAUUUCAAUCUUACUCCUUUUCUCUCAGCAUUUCAUGUAUUUAUAUACUGAGAAAUAAAACCUUUUGCAAAUAAUAUGUACUGAUAAAUUAAUAAACAUGUAUG